UUUUUUACCAACUAAAUUUACGACCACUAAAUUGGUUUGUGAAUGGAUAAAAUGAGGAUAGUAAACAGCUUAUAAAUAGACUACCAUUUCACAGUGCAAUGCCUCUCAGACUCAACACCAAGAGCUUCUUCAAACUACUCUACUAGCUAUUAGUAAAUCCUUCUAAUCCUCCAAGAAAAAAAAGAGGCAUAAAUGGCUUCAUCCAUUCUCUCAUCCGCCGCUGUUGCCUCUGUGAACAGUGCUUCCCCUGCUCAAGCUAGCAUGGUAGCACCAUUCACUGGCCUCAAAUCUUCCGCUGGUUUCCCCAUCACUCGCAAGAACAACGUCGACAUCACCACUUUGGCUAGCAAUGGUGGAAAAGUUCAGUGCAUGAAGGUGUGGCCACCACUUGGAUUGAGGAAGUUCGAGACUCUUUCUUACCUGCCUGAUAUGAGUAACGAACAAUUGUCAAAGGAAUGUGACUACCUUCUCAGGAAUGGAUGGGUUCCCUGCGUUGAAUUCGACAUCGGAAGCGGAUUCGUGUACCGUGAGAACCACAGGUCACCAGGAUACUACGAUGGACGUUACUGGACCAUGUGGAAGCUCCCUAUGUUUGGCUGCACCGACUCAUCUCAGGUGAUUCAGGAGAUUGAGGAGGCUAAGAAGGAAUACCCCGACGCAUUCAUCAGGGUUAUUGGCUUUGACAACGUCCGUCAAGUGCAGUGCAUCAGUUUCAUCGCCUACAAGCCCCCAAGAUUCUACUCUUCUUAAGUUCCAUCUGCUGAGGCUUUCUUGAGGCGAAUUUCCACCAUUUGCCUUUUUUAAAGCUCCAUCACUUGGGUGGUUUCAACCAAAUUUCCCCCCUUUAAUUUUUUUCUUCUCUCUUUUUUUUUCCUUCUUAUUUUUCCAUUUUACGUUUUGGUUUGUCUGUUGAAUCCCACUAUGUUUAUUUCCCCGACUUUCCAAUUCGAAUUGGAAUAAAUGAUGCUUUGAUUUGUUCUUCAAUUAUCCUAUCAAUCAAUCGGUCCUGUUUGCAUCUUUCCUCAUGGAAAUUCAA